UAGGAAAAGACCAAGUCCUAAUUGUGACAGGCAGAGAAGGGCUUGAAUGUAUAUACUGCCGGCCACACAUUAAUCUUUUGUGAACCAACAAUAUAUUCUCCCAUCUAUAUUCCUUUCUCUCCGCAGAGCAGGUUCACUCAAGGGAGGAGAACAUGUGAAGGGUCUGUAGAAAUUGAGCACUUCCUAAAGUCAAAAUGGAAAUUAGAUACCAUGUAGUGGGGCCUUCACCAGAAUUAGCACCUCCCUCGGCUGCAAAAUCCAGUUUCACCCUGAAUAUAUGGGGAAUAGUUAUCGCCUGCGUGAUAACAGCAGUGGGGGGUGCUGUGUUAUAUUUCUGCAUCAGGAGAAAAAUCUUUCCUAUUUUUAGGCAACAAUGGGCUCGGAAAGCAGGAAACUUGAAGGCAGAGAAAAUACUUUUGAGGAGGUUCCAGUUUGAAGAACUGGACAAGGCGACCCAGAAUUUUAGCAAAGAUUGCUUGCUGGGGUAUGGUGGAUUCGGGAAUGUUUAUAAAGGGACAUUCGAUGUGGAAGGAACACUAGCUAUCAAAGUGGCCCACUCUGAUUCAUACCCUGUUGAAGAAUUUAGAAAUGAGGUGAGGCUACUUUCAAGAGUAAAGCACGACAACCUUGUAGGAUUGGUGGGGUUUUGUGAAGGAACUGGGGCAAAAGGGGGGAAAAUAUUAGUUUAUGAGUAUGUACCAAAUGGUUCUCUGCUUGAAUACAUUAUGGGAAGGAAAGGGAGGAGCUUAAAUUGGAGGCAAAGAGUAAUCCUAGCCAUUGGGGCAGCCAAAGGUAUAGCUCAUUUGCAUGAAGGGGUAAAGCCUAGCAUAAUCCACAGGGAUAUAAAACCUAGUAACAUAUUACUAGGAGAAGGUUUUGAAGCAAAAGUUUCAGAUUUUGGGCUAGUGAAAACAGGUCCAAUUGGGGAUCAAUCGCAUGUUAGUAGCCAGGUUAAAGGGACACCAGGAUACCUCGACCCAGCCUAUUGUUCAAGCUUUCAUUUGAGUCCAUUUAGCGAUGUUUACAGCUUUGGAGUGAUACUUCUACAACUGGUUUCUGCACGGCCUGCAGUUGAUAUAGCCAAAAACAAUCUCAAUUUUCACGUCAUUGACUGGGCAAGGCCUAGCUUAGAGCAGGGCAGAGUGGAAGACAUCUUAGAUGCCAACCUACUGUUAGAACAUUGCAACAUGGAAAUGAUGCUGAAAAUGGGGCAGCUUGGUCUAAGAUGUGUGGUGAAGGUGCCUAAACAACGUCCCACAAUGACCCAGGUGUGGCAGGAAUUGGAGUUGGCUCUCUACUCAGUUGACAACUUCAUUCAUAAGCAGCCUUCAAGCAGCUCUCAAAGACUAACCGGUGGGUCUCAUAGAUCAACAGAUCCCAGGCAUAGGAGAUCAACUGACCAUGAGUUCUCUCAAAGCUCUGUAAGCAUAGAUGGGGUUGGAUUUCAAAGAUUUCAUGUGGAGAUGGAUAGCCUCUUCUCCAUGAGCACAAGUUUAAGGUGCUUGGAGGCUAAUAGCAUUAGCAUUGAUGUUGAUAAAGAACAAUUUGAGAGGAGUAUCUGAGGAAACUAAUAAGGUGGAGCCAUCUCAUCAUUGAUUUUGCACUAUGCUCAUGUAUAGUGAGCACAUUGAUGUGAAUCAUCUUGUCUGGUCAAAUUGCCUAUUAUCUGCAUGAUUGUAACCUGUAAUCUGUAUGCUUGUCUACUAUCUUUAAUGGUAGAAUAUUUUUCCUAUUAAACAAACAGAGGGACUGCUACUAACCAUGAUUUGUA